GGUAUUGUUAUGACUUAUUGUUUUUAUACAUAAUUUAUAAUUUUAUAUUAUUUUUAGAAUAUCCAAAAUAUUUUCAUAAUUCGAUUUUAUCAAUAGUCAAAAAUAAAUAAUUAUUUAUCUGCAUUUGAUAAUUUGUAUUUACUCUGUAGAUAAUUCAUUAAGAUUAGUUUUGAUUAACACUUUUUUUCACUAAAAAAAAUAUGUUUCAUAUUUUAUUAUUUAUAAUAGAUUUUUUAUGCAUUGAUUAAUUCAUUUAAUAGAAAUAUUUUAUAAAUUAUUUUGUUCUAUUUAUUCAUAAUAUACAUGUAUUUCAUAUUAAAUCUUAUCCAUAUAAUUAAAUACUGUUGAAAUUUGCACGUAAAGUACAUAUAUUAUUUUUAUUGAAAUAAUUUAACGUGAGAAAUAUUUGUUAUUUAAUAUUUGCUAUUUUCUAUUAAUUAUAUAUUAAAAAUUAAUUUAUAUUGGUUUUAUAUUUUUUUUAUUAAUUAUCAUUUAAUAAAUGGAAUAUAAAACCAAUAUCGCAAUUUAACUUGAGUUAUUUUGUAAGUAUGUGGCUAUAUUGCAGUAUACUAAAUUUAGUACUGCUAAAUUUAAAUGAAUUUUUAUUUCUUUUUAUUUUUUUAAUUUAUUCAGUAUAUAUAAAUAUUUGAGUAUUCUUGAACAUUCUCAAUGAUUUAUUGAGUGUAAAAUUAUUAUUUAUUUAAAAUUUUUUUAAAUUAAGAAUUUUAAUUAAGAACGCAUGUGACAUUUAGAAUUCAAUUGCAAUAUAAUUCGGAUUCAUUUUCGUUUUUUUUGUGCCGUUAAUGAUAUUUAAAUGAUUGAAUGAUUAAAAAAAUGUGCAUGUGUCGUGUGUGCAAUAUAAGUGUAUUUACUUAUAGUGAUUAUCUUACAGUUAUGUGUUAUUUCUCGAUCAUAACCUCUGUUUAUUCAUUUUAAAAAAUAUAUUUAAAACAAUAAACAAUUAAUUAAUAUCAAGAUUUCGCUUAAUUUGAAAUUUAAUUAAAUAUCAAUAAGAUUAAAAAAUAAACAAUAUUUAAAACAAUAAUUUCAAUUAAAAUAUAUAACGAUCUACUUUGACGAUUGAAGUAAAAGUAGUAAAUAAGAAUAUUUUGCAUCAUUCAUUCAAAUCAUUUGAAUAAUUUUUACCAAAAAUUUUUAUCAAUGACAAAAAAUUUAUAAAAAAAUAAUUAAUAUAAAGUCUUAACAAAUUUAAAAGAUAUAAUGAAUUUACACAAAUAUAUAUACUCGAUGUUCUUAUAAAAAAAAUUAAUUUAUUUGUAUAUAUAAAAUGACAUAAAAAAUUUAAAAAAAAUGUAUACAUAAAAUAACUAGUGAAGAUGAAAGUUUAAAGUUUGAAUUGUCAAAAGUUGAAGAGGACAACUAAAAUUAUUAGUGAUUCAUGAAAAUAUUAAUAUAAUUUUGAACAAUUAUCACACUACAUACAUCUACCGAUCGAGCAAUGUUAAAGAUCCAAGAAUUAUUCUCUAAGAGGUCAGUCUCUUGUUACAAUUUCGUGGACUACGUCCUUUUAUUGGUUUGUCCGUUAUUACUUACAAAAUAGCACUAAUUUAUUACUAUUUUAUAAUCCUUUAAAAAAAUGCCGGAUAUUGAAUGCUGUCAAUGUGCACACGUUUGGAUUGUCAGAACGUUUUGGGGACGGAAAUGGUAUGCAGUUAUCGCUUUAUUAGGCAUCGUGUCAAUUAUUUUAAUUCAACAAUUCUUAUUCGCAUCCUAUCUUCCUUUGGAUCAGAUAAAACGUAAUACAUAUUUAGAGGAGCUAGAUCAGGAUGUUUUGAAUAGAUGGUAUAACUUUACCGACGGUGUUAAAUGGUAUAAUAAUAAGAUACAAUCACCAUCAAAUCCAACAAAUUGGCAGCAAUACAUAACCGAUAUUCGACGAUAUUGGAUACUUUGGAAAUACAAUCCGAAUUAUUCGUAUAAUCUUGAAAAUCCAGAAAUCAAUGACCCAUCAAUGGGUCAAGCGAGUGUUAUUCGAAAAAUUUUCAAAGAUAAGAAAAAUGGUUUCUUCGUAGAAUGUGGUGCUUAUGAUGGAGAAACUCGAAGUAAUACCUUAGUAUUAGAACGAUUCUUUAAUUGGAGUGGUCUUCUGAUAGAAGCAGAUCCUAUAAAUUUUAAUAAAAUGUUGAAGAAAAAUAGAAAGGCUUACCUAACACCGACGUGUCUUGCCAUUGAGCCAUAUCCCUCGGUGAAUUUCUUUUUAAUGGCGAACAACGUGGGACGACUACACGAGCCAAAUGCUUCAGACAUUCAUUUACCAAAUUCUGCUGAUGUUGUCCACAAUGGCGUUCACAUUUCAGUUCAAUGCUUUCCUUUUAUAGAUUUAAUGUUUGCUCUUAACGUAACUACUGUAAAUUAUUUCAGCCUUGAUAUAGAGGGCCAUGAGCUUCAGGUGUUAAAAACAAUUCCUUUUGAUAUGAUAAACAUAGAGACACUUUCGGUGGAAUUCUCUCACGUUGAAAAUGGUAAGAGAAGUUUGAUUGAUUUUAUGGAAUCAAAAGGUUAUUAUAUAUAUUCUUUGGUUGUAAGAUCUGACAAUUUAGCUCACGAUAUAAUAUUUAUGAAAUAUGAUUAUGAAAAGUCUAAUUUGUUAAAAUAAUUUCGUUCUGAUCACGUUAUUUUGUGUUCCUUGAUCUAAAAUAUUUUUGAUACAUCUUAAAUAAAAUAAUAUACUUUAAAAUUUUCUUUCGUUGUUGUAUUUAAAAUUAUUAUAUUUAAUUUUAUUUAAUUAUCAACUAUAUUGUUAAAUUAUAUAUUAUUAUAAUUAGAAUAUAUGAUAUAAAAUAUAUUUAUUUCAGCUCUU